AUGUGGCCGAUACCAUUGAACUAUACGGUAAUGAACGCUAUCCUGUUGGCUACACAUGCAAGGCCGCGCUCGGCGUGUCGUCGAGAGCCUCGAGCAGCUCUCGUGUGUCACAGGCAGGAGUGCUGGUCGACAGGAAGCGCGGGGGGCGCGGGGCAGACCCGUCGCAGACAAGUGACAGGGCCGAGGCAGGAAACGGCCGGAGAAGGCAUCCCAGGCCGAGCACAAUGGAGGCGGCGCGCCGCAGGGGGAGCCCUCGCAAUCGAUAUGCCGUCGCUAAGGUCCGAUGGCCGCUGCGAGCGGUUUGGAGCGCUGCAGAGGCGGAUGCCCCCGGCCCGCGCGCCGCACGCCCCGCGCUCACCACACCUGCUGUGUAUUUAUAGAGCGGCACAGCCGGCGCAGGGAUGCAGGGAUGUCGACUUUACCACGGCCGUCGACGUCUACCUAACUAUGCGAUGUAGGCACGCACGCAACGUUCGCACGCACGCCGCGCCCGCUGCCGAUGCCGCCCGGGUGACGCCCGACUGUUUAUUAUUUGUCACAAUGAACAUAAAAAUAGCACCGUCCGUUAAGUACCAUGCUGAAUACAAUGCAGCCAACGGUUCAUACGAACACUCAUUUACUGAUUAA